AUUGUACUAUAUGAUAUUAAGAAAUGAUGAUUUUUCAUAACCGCGUAUACCGAAAAAACGUCAAACGAAAUUGCAUUAAAUUUGCAAUAAGUGUUGUUUAUUCCGUGAUAUAGAUAUAUCUCAUAUAUCGUGUACAAUUAUAUAUCUUUUAUAAAAAGAAUUAACAAGUAAAUAUGUGUGGAUAAUGUGGCAUGUGUUGUAAAACAUUGUGGUUAUAAUUCGAAAAACAAAUGGCUAGCACUUUAGAUGCAGUUGAUUGGGAAGAUUUAAGAAAGCAGGCGAGACACUUGGAAAAUGAAAUUGAUGCAAAACUUGUAGCAUUUAGUAAGUUAGGCGUAAAUACACAUUCUAAAAAUGUUACACCAGAUGAAGUUCCACUUUUAGAUGAAGAACAUGUGUUUGAGAAUAUGGCCUUGGAGAUAGAAACGUUAUUAUCUAAAUUAUUUACUGUUAAUGAGAAAAUGAGUGAAUUGCAACCAAAUGGAGCAGCUAUGUUACAUACAAUGCAACGUCAUAAAGAAAUAUUAAAAGAUUAUAAACUGGAAUUUAAUAAAAUUAGGAAUAAUUUUGCUAUAAGAAAGGAUCGUGAAGAUCUUUUGGGUAACGUGCGCAAGGAAAUUGACAAUUAUAAAACCACAACUGGAUUAAACCGUAGAGAAAUGUAUUUGAAAGAAAAUCAACAUAUUCAUAACUCUGAUCGUUUAAUUAAUGAUCAAAUAAGUAUAGCAAUGGAAACGCGAGAACAUUUAAUUACUCAAAGACAAGCUUUCAAACGUAUACAGACUAGAUUUAAUGACAUUUCUAAUCGAUUCCCAGCAGUGAGUAGUCUAUUACAAAGAAUAAAUUUAAGGAAGAGACGAGAUUCUUUAAUUCUUGGAGUUAUCAUAGGAUUCUGCACGUUCCUUAUGCUCUUAUAUGCAUUUCACUGAAUUAUAAAUGCAUAAGAAAAUACUUCCACUUUUAUUAGAAGUUAUUUCCAUUAAGGAAACAUAUGUAAACAGAUGGCAGAAAUAGCGAUAUAAUAGUUAUUAACAUGCAUAAAUUACAUGAAAAUAGUAAGUAUGCUCCUAUGAAUGAAAGUCAGUAUGAGUGGAUUUAUGAUCAAUAAUUACAUUGGCAAAAUUAUUGCAUUGUACAGUUUUUUUUAUACCAAAUGUAUUAAAUGUGUAUCGUUACACAAACGUUGCGAUUCACUUUCAAUGACUAGUAUAUGAAAUUAAUAAAUGUUAAAAAUAAAUAUUAUGGGUUCUAACAUGAUUA